AUGAAGAUUGCCUUUCUCACCCUCCUCGUUGUUUUUGGAAUUACCUAUGCUGAUGACACAGUUUCGGAUUCCGGAGAUGAAGUCGAUUCCAUGCCUUGUCAAGACGAAAUGGACGAGAUUGAAGCAGAGAUAUCGGAAAUUAUAGAACAGACCGGAUCUUAUCCUAUUGGGGCUCUCAAACCUCAGUGUCUGGAGGACGGUACAUACGCCCCCCGUCAGUGUCGGGGUUCCGUCUGUAACUGUGUAACUGCUAACGGAACCAAACUUACCGAGGACUUCAGCAUCGGUCAAGCCGUUAAUACCGAUUGUUCUUGUGCACGGGAUCAGCAUGAGUAUAUGGAGUUGAAUAUUGUUGGCAAAACUUUCAGCUGUACUGACAUCGGAAGUUACGCGCCUGUUCAGUGUACCGGAAGUGUGUGUUACUGUAGUGACAGUCACGGGGAACAACUUGGUCAGGAAAAAGUCAAUAUCGAUUUAAUUGACACCCUAACAUGCAGUUGA